AUGUGGUGGGGAAAGGAAGAUUGGAUGGAAGUGUGGUCCAUCCAGGGACAUGCUGAGGAGCGCCUGCUGUGUGCGGCGCUGGGGCCCCCGCGCGCCCAGCCGUUCCCCUGCCCCCACCCGGCCUGCAAGUGCGUGUUGCGGGACACCGUGCAGUGCUCCGGGGCCCGGGCCCGCCCCGCCUAGCUUGGCCUGCCCGCCAACCUCACGCACAUCCUGCUCUUCCGAAUGAGCCCUGGCACCUUGCGGAACGACAGCUUUGGCGGCAAGACGGUCCUGCAGCGCGUGAUGCUGACCGACAGCCCCAUCGCCUCCACCGCCCCUGGCGCCUUCCACGACCUGAUCAAACUUAAAACCCUGCGGCUGUCGCGCAACGGGAUCACGCACCUGCCGGCCGCGCUGGUGGACAAGGUGGUGCUGCUGGAGCAGCUGUUUCUGGACCGCAACGAGCUGAAGAACAUCGACCAGAACAUGUUUGGGAAACUGGUUCACCUGCGGGAGCUCUUCCUGAACCCAAACCAGCUCGCUGCCCUUCCCGCUCGCCGCCUCAGCCGUCUGGGGAACCUGAGACUGCUGGACGUGUCGGCAAACACCGCCCACCUGCCCCGGGAACUGCUUGCGGCGUAGGCCAGGCCGGAGAAGCUCGCGCUCCACUCGAACCGGCUCGAGGCUCUGGGAACCGGGCUGCUGAGCCCCCUGCGCUCCCCGGAGGAGCUGCCGCUGCACGGGAAUCACCUCCGCUCCAUCGCCCCCGGAGCCCUCGACACACUCCGGAGCCUGAGCUACCUGACGCUUUCCAGAAACCGCCUGGAGUUUCUGCUCCUCCUCCCCACCGCGCUCUUCCUUCAUUCCCGAGAUUUGCCCUUCCUGACCCAGUUCGAGAACCCGCUGGCAGAGCUGCGGGAGGUGCUCUUCGGGGAGCUGGCCGGCUUGCGGGAGCUGUUGAACAGCACGCGGCUGCCCACCCUGCCCGCCGCCGCCCUGCGCCCCCUGAGCGGCCUGCGCGCCUUCGGGGUGAUGGUGAGCCCGCGCCUCCGCGCGCUGCCCGAGGACGCCCUCCGGGGGCUGGCGGCGCUGCGGGAGCUCGCGCUGCACUCCAACCGCCUGGCCGCGCUCCCCGGCGCCCUGCUGCGCGGCCUCGACCCGCUGCGCAGCGAGUCGCUGCGCCGCCACCGGCUGCGGGCCCGGCCCCGCGCGCUCUUCCGCCACCUCCGCGCCCAGGAGCGGGUCGAGCUCGAGCGCAGCCAGCUGGAGACCCUGCCCGUUGACGCGUUCGCGGGUCUGCCCCGGCAGGCGGAAGUCGGGCUGGGCCACCAUCCCUGGCGCUGCCACUGCGGCCUGCCCCCGCGGUGCCGCGGUCCCGGACCUCGCGCCGGUCUGCCGCUCUGGGCGCUGCUGGACAAGGACCCGGAGUGCCCGGACACCCGCGGCCCGCCUCCCUGCCCUGCUGCCCCAGCCGCCACCCGGACGGCCUUGGCGCCCGCCGGCUCGGAGCCCGGCGGGGGGGGGGGGGGGGGGGUCCGGGCGCAGCAGGGGGCCCGGGGUCCACACCAAGACCACAGCCUGUUCUGGGGGCUUUAUUUUCUGCUUUUAGCUACCCAGGCCGUCACAACAGGGAUCAUCGUGUUUGCUGUGGUUAAACUCGGCCGGCUCUUUCGAAGAUUAAUCAGAGAGAGAGAGGGAGCUCUUGUUCGAGUCAAAGGGGAAAUCUUGCACCUAAUUAAAAUGGGGUCAGAGUGUUGGCAGAGGUGGCUCUGGGGGAGAAUACUGCCGGGCUGCUGCUGUCUUCCUCUCUCUUCUCUCUCCCGUCUCCUUCCCUCCCUCACCCCUUCCCACCUCCUGCUGUCCCUCCUCCUCCCUCCACCCCGCAGAAGGAGUCUUUACACCUCUAAAUUGGGUGCGUAGCUUGGCCUUUGUGUACCCUUACUGCGC